AUGGGCCUCUGCGGGGCUCUGGCUGGCCUGCUGCUGGCUGCCCUUCUCUCCCAAGCACAUUCCAAGAUAACCGUGGAGGAAACUGAGGACAAAGUGUUCCUGAGAUGUAAGAAUGACAUCAAGUGGCUGGAGGGCACCAUGGGAAAGCAUAUGUCAGAAAACAGAACAAUGGACUUGGGAAAGAGCAUCCUGGAUCCCCGGGGGCAAUACCAGUGCAACGAGGUGGAGGGAAAGGACUCCAAACUCUUUACAGUGCAAAUCUACUAUCGAAUGUGCCAGAGUUGCGUGGAGCUGGAUGUCACCUCCUUGUCUGGCAUCCUGAUCGCUAACAUCAUAGCCACUUUGCUUCUUGCUUUGGGAGUCUACUGCUUUGCUGGACAUGAGACUGGAAGGCUCUCUGGAGCCCAUUGAGUGCGAAACAAUGAUCCCUUCAGUCACCUUGGUGAGAACUGGCACUGGAAUGAAUGAGCCCAAGCAGGGAGGCUUCUGGGAGCAACAGUUCUGGACCAAACCUUCUCUCCCGGCACUGCCAAUCAAGC